AUGACCCUCAACAUGAACCCCUCAAGGAAACCCAACACUUGUGUCCAUCGAGUGACAGAGGUACGAGGCUUCAAUGAUCCACAGAAGGAGGAAUACUUCUGGAAGAGAAUCAGUAAUCCGAGUCUGGCCAGUAGGAUCAUCUCACACCUGAAGUCAUCAAGGAGCCUCUUCAUCAUGUGCCACAUCCCAGUCUUCUGCUGGAUCUCAGCCGCUGUUCUGGAGAAGAUGUUGAGGAAAUCAUGGAAAGGAGAUAUUCCCAGGACUCUCACUGAAAUGUACACACACUUCCUGAUCAUUCAGACCAACAUCAAACAUGAGAAGGACUAUGAGAAGAAAGUGAAGGAUGAAGACAUGAUCCUCAAACUGGGGAAACUGGCUUUCCAGCAGCUUGUGAAAGGCAACCUGAUCUUCUAUGAGGAAGACCUCAUUCAGGAGCAUCUCGCAGCUCUAUAUGUGCUGCUUUCAUUCCUGCUGGACAAGAGGGAUGUGCUCAAUGUAAACCUCAGCUCAAAACAUGCACACGAGUUCACAUGUCACACAAUAUCUGACCUGCAUCAGAGAGCCGUGGACAAGGCUUUACAGAGUAAGAAUGGACAUCUGGACCUUUUCCUCCGAUUUCUUCUGGGUCUCUCACUGGAGUCCAAUCAGACGCUCCUGAAAUAUCUUCUGACACACAUUGGGAACAUCUCAUACAGCAAAGAGAAAACGGUUGAGUACAUUAAAACCAGAAUAAGAAUGAAUCCCUCACCAGAGAAAUCUAUCAAUCUGUUCCACUGUUUAAAUGAACUGGGCGAUCAGUCUCUCGUCAGUGAAGUCCAGGAGUAUCUCAGAUCUGGAGGUCUGUCAGGCGCUAGAUUGUCCUCGUCACAGUGGUCAGCUGUUGUCUUUGUUUUGUUGACCUCAGAGCAGUUGGAUCAAUUUGAUUUCAGUAAAUACAUUAGUAGUGGCCAAAACCACAUGACAUCUGAUGAAGUUCUUCUGAAGCUCUUGCCUGUCGUUGAAGCCUCCAGAUCCGCUCAGUUGAGUAAUUGUGGCGUCACAGCUGAAGGUUGUGCUGCUCUGAGUUCAGCUCUGAAAUCAAACUCCUUACAGCUGAGAGAACUGGAUCUGUCUGGGAAUAAAGUAGGAGAUGCAGGUCUGAAGCUGCUCUCUGAUGGACUGAAGGAUCCUUACUGUAAACUGGAGAAACUGAUGCUGAAGGAUUGUGACAUUACAGAUGAAGGUUGUGCUGCUCUGAGUUCAGCUCUGAGAUCAAACUCCUCACACCUGAGAGAACUGGAUCUGUCUUGGAAUAAACUAGGAGUUGCAGGUCUGAAGCUGCUCUCUGAUGGACUGAAGGAUCUUUACUGUAAACUGGAGACACUGUGGUUGAGUUAUUGUGGCAUCCCAGAUGAAGGUUGUGCUGCUCUGAGUUCAGCUCUGAGAUCAAACUCCUCACAUCUGAGAGAACUGGAUCUGUCUAAGAAUAAUCUAGGAGUUGCAGGAGUGAAGCUGAUCUCUAAUGGACUGAAGCAUCCUCUCUGUAAACUGGAGAAACUGACGUUGAGAGAUUGUGGCGUCACAGCUAAAGGUUGUGCUGCUCUGAGUUCAGCUCUGAGAUCAAACCCCUCACAUCUGAGAGAACUGGAUCUGUCUGGGAAUAAACUAGGAGUUAGAGGUCUGAAGCUGCUCUCUGAUGGACUGAAGCAUCCUCGCUGUAAACUGGAGAAAUUGGGGUUGUGGGAUUGUGGCGUCACAGCUGAAGGUUGUGCUGCUCUGAGUUCAGCUCUGAGAUCAAACCCCUCACAUCUGAGAGAACUGGAUCUGUCUGGGAAUAAACUAGGAGUUAGAGGUCUGAAGCUGCUCUCUGAUGGACUGAAGCAUCCUCGCUGUAAACUGGAGAAAUUGGGGUUGAGUAAGUGUGGCGUCACAGAUGAAGGUUGUGCUGCUCUGAGUUCAGCUCUGAGAUCAAACUCCUCACACCUGAGAGAACUGGAUCUCAUUGGGAACACACUACGGCAGUCAACUGUGAAACUGUUCUCAGCUUUAAAAGAUGAUCCACAUUAUAAACUGGAGACACUGCUGUAUUAAAUGAUGGUGAAUGUGGGGCCUCAGACACAUGAAAGCCCACACAGAAUCAACAGAACUGAAGUCACAGUGAUCAAGCG